AUGGGUCGUGAUAUAUGCUCCUUGGACAAUGUCUACGCCAACAAUCUGGGCAUGCUAAUUAAAUUGGCUCAUGUAACAGUACCUCAUUUGUAUCACGAUGCAUUUUUCACUGCCUUAUUCGCAGAAGAUACCUCAAUGACAAAAAGUAAAAACCCAUCCUCAAAAAAAGACGUACGUUUCACACAGUUGGCCUAUUAUAGCGAAAUUCCAGUAGGUGGUUUGGUUGUCAAGUUAGUCCCUAAGAAACAGAACGAGCUAUCCUUAAAGGGCAUUCAAAUCGAGUUUUUAGGCGUGUUGCCUAGUUAUAGACAUAAAUCAAUUGGCACUAAGUUAUUAAAGUUCGCAGAAGACAAGUGCUCAGAAGCUCAUCAGCAUAAUGUUUUCGUCUACAUACCAGCAGCGGAUAAUUCUGCUAAGCAAUGGUUUAUAGCUCAUGGCUUUGAACAGCAUGGCGAAAGUAUUGGAAAGUUCAUAAAGGAUAUAAACGGUGGCGAACAAGAUGCCAUCUUACUGAAAAAGCAUAUUUCUUAA